ACAGGCUAGAACUUCACGGCCAAAUACAUAAUUCGCUUUCUCCCUUAUAUCAAUCAAUCAAUCCAAGCCUCGAGCCACCACAAACGAGACAAAUAUGACGACAUGAUGACGUCAUCACCCUCGUUUCGUCACUGCACGCGACAUCACUGCUCAUGCCGUCGCCCCGCUGCCUCCCUCUUUAAAUAGCUUCGCGCCUUGGUUCCAUUAUCGCUCCCCUUCUUCACCGUCACCGACAACGACACACACAAAAACAGACGUACUCGCAGGUUUUCCCUCCAGGAACUACGUACGCUAAUGGCUCCUCCUCGCAGUGCCGUGGUAGAGAACUUGCCUCCUCCGUUGAACUCCAGCGCCGAGCAACUUCCUCUUUUCGAUGGAACAACGAAGUUGUACACCUGUUACACAUGCCCAUUUGCUCAGCGCGUGUGGAUCACGAGGAACUGUAAGGGACUCCAGGACGAGAUUAAAUUAGUUCCUCUUAAUCUUCAAGACAUGCCUGCUUGGUACAAGGAGAAAGUCUACCCCAUGAAUAAGGUCCCGGCGUUGGAGGACAACGGGGAAAUCGUCGGAGAUAGCCUACACCUCAUCAAAUACGUGGACAGCAACUUUGAAGGGCCUUCUCUUUUCCCUGAUGAUCCUAAAAAGAGGCAGCUUGGUCGUCAACUGUGGUCGUAUGUUGAUAAAUUCAUGAACAUAGUCUACACUUCAUUCUAUGGAGAAGGACCGAAAGAAUGUGGCUCUGCUUUCGAUCAUUUGGAGGGUGCUCUUCGCAAAUUUGAGGAUGGACCAUUCUUUCUCGGACAGUUCAGUAGGGUGGACAUUGCUUACAUCCCAUUUGUUGAAAGAUUCCAAGUCUACUUAUCUGAAGUGUGGAAGUAUGACAUCACUGCUAGCAGACCUAAGCUAGCAGCAUGGAUUGAGGAAAUGAACAAGAUCGAUGCUUACAAGCAGACAAAGACUGAUCCUAUAGAACUUGUAGAACACUACAAGAUGCGCUUCACUGGAAGAGAGUCGGGAGGGAAAGAGAAAUUUGCUGAAGAAGAAACUCAUUAG